AUGUCUCAACCUGAACCUAUCAUAAUUAACACUUAUCAGUUGGAUAACCCAAUAUACAUCGUGUUACCGAUGCCAACGAUUAUGCUCCAAAUACCAUCUAUUAGGAUAAUAUUUUCGCAUGAAUUUGGCAAUGAACAUCAUAGUGAGUCAAACAACAAGUGGACUCGUUAUGGCCAUCCACAAAGCGAAGAAGAUGAAAUUGACGAAGACUAUAUGAACAGAGAAGAAAUUGAAAUAGAAGAAAUUAAACAAGAAGAAAUGAUUUUUCAAUAUCCUUUUAACCAACAACAUGAUUCUAACAAAUAUAUACUUCUCAACGAUGUAAAUCUUAACGAAUCAUCCUUGUCAUAUUUAUCAGAAGCGAACAUAAAAGACAAAAUCUAUGGCUGGGAACAGUUUUUGAUCGAAUAG